AUGGCGAAAGGAGCGAAGCGGCCGCUUCAGCUGCCCAAGCAACAACUACUCAUUCUCGCCGCAUGUCGCCUCGCAGAGCCGGUCGCAUCGACAUCCGUCUACCCAUAUAUCCCGGAAAUGAUACAGUCAUUCAACGUCGGAGAUGACCGAAUCGCUCAAUGGGCCGGCCUCAUGUCCGCUACCUUUUCCCUUUCGCAGUGCCUCACCGGAGUCGCCUGGGGUCGAGCCUCAGAUCGCUUUGGCCGGAAGCCCAUCAUCAUCGUUGCCUUGACCUGUACGAUGCUGUCCAGCAUCUUAUUCGGGUUUUCGAAGAAUCUUGCCUGGGCUUUUAUAGCCCGGUCACUGCAGGGCUUGUCAAAUGGGAAUGUUGGGAUCAUCAGAACGGCCGUUGCGGAGUUGGUCCCACAGAAAGAGUUGCAGCCUCGCGCGUUCAGUAUUAUGCCGCUGGUGUGGAAUGUCGGUAGUGUGUUUGGGCCAUCGGUCGGUGGAUCUCUCGUCCACCCUGUGGAACGAUAUCCCCAGGUGUUCGGAAAGAUGAAGCUACUGCAGGAAUAUCCCUUCGCCUUGCCAAAUCUUCUGAUCAGUGUUCUCUUCAUGGGCGGCAUCACGGCAGGCUUUCUUUUCCUUCACGAAACAUUAGAAGAGAGGAGAAAGCAGCGGGACUAUGGUCUUAUCCUCGGCAGACUCCUUACCCGCCCUUGCGUCCGAAGGCCACACCAGCGGACGCUGGUGAACAACGAAGAGUCAGAGGCCUUUCUCUCUGGCAUGUCUAGCGAGAUGUCGACGCCAGUGUCCGGUUCGCAGCAUGCUAUCCACAGCCUGCCAAAACAGGCCCCGGGAUGGGGUGAGGUCUUCUCUCGACAAUCAAAUAUCAAUUUGCUUGUCUAUACAUUCCUUGCUAUGCACUCCGUGGCCUAUGAUCAGCUACUAGCUAUCUUCAUGCAUUAUCCGGUGCAAUCGAUUCAUGAUCCAGAUGUACAUCUUCCCCUCAAGUUUGCAGGGGGUUUCGGCAUCGACUCGAAGGAAAUAGGCUUGCUGUUCACUGUCUACGGUGUUUUCGGCAUGGUCAUCCAAUUCUUCGUGUUUCCGCCGUUUGCUAGGAAGUACGGCGUAUUGAAUUGCCUCAAAGCUUGUUGCGUGGCUUUUCCUCUGGCCUACAUUGCGACACCAUAUACAGCUCUUUUGCCAACUAACUCUCAGAGGCAAGGAGUCAUGAUGGUGAUAAUGUUGAUCAAAUGCUUUUGCGGUAUCUUUGCGUUUCCCUGCUCGACCAUCCUUCUCACCAACAGCGCCGCUAGUCUGAAAAUUCUGGGCACUCUCAACGGAGUGGCAACAAGUAUUUCUGCUCUCGGGAGAGCUGCUGGCCCGGCUUUAGCUGGGUGGACCUUCACAGAAGGUGUGGAUAUUGGAUAUGUGAUCAUCUCUUGGUGGACAUUGGCUUUGGUGGCAAUCAUCGGCGCUGUUCCAGUCUGGUUCUUGGUCGAGAUGGAGGGCUUCGGAGACUCCCAAGAGGAUGAAAGUGACGAUGAGAUGGAUAUUGAGGAGGACGAUGACGCCAAAGCUUCUGCUAUUUCAUCCUCCGAUGCACAUCUCAGAAAGCAUACACCUUCUUCUGUUUUCGAGGAUGCCGUGGAGGACGAUCAACCCACCCCAGAAGGCAGCUUGCUUCGACCUUCGAAUCCUCCUUCUCGGCGGCAAAGCUUACAACUCCGACGAGUCCCAAGUCCGAUCGGGCUGGGUCCGGGUGUGAUUCCGCACGGCGCGAGGAGAUAUAGCAGCGACUUAGGCGCUACAAGAAGCGGAUUUGGGGUCGGUGGAACAGCAUAUAAUUGA